AGCAUUAACAAUUGAGAGAAAAUUCUUGUUUGUGCCGCACAUUUGUGUAAAAACACCUAUAAAAAAUGCCCGAAAGCGAUGUUACCAAAAUGAAGGUGGCGGAUUUAAAGCGCGAACUCAAGCUACGUGGGUUGCCAUUGAACGGCAAUAAAAAUGAAUUACAGGACCGUCUGCAAACGGCGCUGCUCGAGGGCGAUAUUUCGCUGGAGGAAAGCGCCAUUGCCGAUGCGAUUGACGACGAUGUCUCGCUGACCGACGAGGAUGAGCACAAACUGUUGGGCGACGAUCACGAAGAUUUGCUGCUAAAGAGUCCCGUUGGCACGCCAAUGGCAACCACACCACCAGACCUAACAACAACAUUAACAGCAGGAACAGGAGCGGAUUUGAAACCGGAGACAAAUGCUGCAUCGCAGCCAGCUAAAAAGAUCGUGCUGAAACGAAACAAUUCGCAGCCAUUGGCGACGACGCUGACGACAGCAACGACGACGACAUCCAAAGAAAAUGCCGCACCCGAUGCUGCAGCUGGUGCUGCCACGAAAGACGCCUCGGAGGACGAUGUGCAUGUAAAACAAACGAAGCACAAACCAAUUGUGGUGGGCGGUGUUACAGGCGAGAAAAAAGACGCCACAGCUGCUGGUGCUGACAAAAAGUUGGGCGAGAUGAGCAUCCAAGAGCGACUAGAUCUGCGCGCCAAGAAGUUUGGCAUUGCGCUCGAUGGGAAAGCGCCAGCUUCCGUUGCAACGCCGGCGGCAGCUGCUUCGCCAGCGGUUAACCGCUCGUCGAGCGCUUCGAUCAAAGCCAACAAGGGCAACAAGGAGACGGAUGAGCAACAGAGGGAGGCACUCAAGAGGCGGGCCGAACGCUUUGGUUGUGUGGUGCCCGAAAAGAGUCCCAAGACCCUCGUUGAUGAGCGGUUGCAAAAGCGCAAGGAACGAUUUGGCACAGCGACCGAAGCAUCUCCAGCAACAGCAGCAACCGAUGCCAAGAGCCAGGGCGCCUGGGCCGAGAAGGCGCGAGCACGUCUCGAGCGCUUCAAGCCGGCACCGGCUGCGGCCGCUGCGGAUGCCACUGAAAAAUAGAUUUGGCAGACAAAUCCAACUCAACCUCAGCCAGCACCCACGCACACAAUCAGCCCCCGGACUCUCUUGUAUUUAAGCCAACAAUUAACCACCACAUUUAUAUGCGUCUAGCCGUUAAGCAACAGUUAUUAACUACUACAAUCAACCAAUACUAUAUCGAAGAAUUUGAA